AUGAACGUUUCUGUCGUCACAGCCCCGCAUCCGCUAGCCGAGCUAUCUCAGCUCGAGUUCGUCAAUGCUCGUGAUGCCAUACUCAGAAUUCAGGCUGCCGAUAAACCGAUAUUCUUUCGUACCAUCUAUCUUCAAGAGCCCGCCAAGGCGGAGCUGCUACCGUUUCUUGAGGCUGAGCACACCGGCCGCCUGACUGACGCCACCCCGCGUCCCAUCAGAACCGCCUUGGUCGAAUACGAUGUACUUGAAGCAAACGCUCAAGUCUUUCACCGUGCUGUAGUAGACGUUGUUGCCGGCCAGGUCCUACACAACGACGAAAUUCCGCGAAAGAAUCAUGGUUUCCCGCACUACAAUGUCAACGAGUUUGCUGUCUUUGAAGAGUACUGCAUGAAUUCCGAAAGGGUCAAGGAGGCUCUCAAAGAGUAUACAGUUCCCGAGGGCUUCGAGUACUGUGUUGACCCUUGGCCGUACGGCGGUCCAGACGAGGAUGAUGGCAUCCUCAAAAUUAUGCAAGGCCUCAUUUUCGUUCGCGAUGCUCGUAAGAAGAAUCCGGACACUAACCACUACUCAUACCCUAUUCCACUGAUUCCAGUCAUGGAUUGGUCGACCAAGGAGAUCAUCCGCAUUGAUCGCCUUCCUACCGGCGGUUCCGAAGACGGCAUGGGCCCCUCCAUUGCCUCGAAAGAGCCACGGGACAUCUUUACCAAGUCUGUCCCCGCGGAGUAUAUCCCCGAGUUGCUUGAUGUUCCGCCUCGUUCCGGUCUCAAGCCUCUUGAUGUUGUGCAACCCGAAGGCGCGUCGUUUAAGAUCCACUCGGAUAACCUCAUCGAAUGGCAAAAGUGGCGUUUCCGGUUGUCCAUUACCCCUCGAGAAGGACCGGUACUGCACGAUAUCUGCUAUGAUGGUCGCUCUGUUCUCUAUCGUCUGAGCUACAGCGAGCUAACCGUUCCAUACGGCGACCCCCGAGCUCCUUUUCACCGAAAACAGGCCUUUGACUUUGGCGACUGUGGAAUUGGUCGUGCCGCGAAUAGUCUCAAGCUCGGCUGUGACUGUCUUGGGGCUAUUCACUAUGUUGACGCCUUCUUCCCUGCUGCCGAUGGAACUCCAACCAAGCUUGACUCAGUUGUCUGCCUUCAUGAACAGGAUAGUGGUAUCCUAUGGAAGCACACCAACUAUCGCACUGACCGAGGCGUUGUUGCUCGGAUGCGCGAGUUUGUCGUGCAGUUUAUUGGCACGCUGGUCAACUACGAGUACAUCCUUGCCUUCAAGUUUGAUCAAGCUGGUGGUAUCACCGUCGAGACACGCGCUACCGGCAUGGUGAGCGUUGUUGGUAUCGAAGACGGCAAGACUAGCAAGUACGGCAACGUUGUGUCUCCCGGUAUCCUGGCUCAGAACCAUCAGCAUAUUUUUGCUGUACGUAUCGACCCUGCCAUUGAUCUCUUUGGCAGUGAAAAGAAUGGUCAAACUCAGGUGGUCGUUGAGGAGAGUCACCCUCACAAGAUGAACCCAGAGACCAAUCCGUACGGCAACUACUACGAGGUUCGACGCACUCCUGUAGAGCGGGCUAUGUGGAUUGAUUCGGAAGUGCGUCUGAACCGCACCAUCAAGCUAGAGAACCCGGGCAAGAAGAAUCCAAUUUCUAGCAAGAACGUUGGCUACAGACUUAUUUCGCCCGCCACUCAGAUGCUGUUGGCUGACACUAACAGUCGAGUGGCCCAGCGUGCUCGCUUCGCCGAACACAACUUCUGGGUGACUGGCCAUCGUGAUGGCGAGUUUUGGGCUGCAGGUGAGUUUACUAACCAGAGUACCUUUGAAGAGGGAGGCGUGUCGGACAUGGUCAAGCGAGGAGACAUCUUUGCCGUUGAGGGUGCGCAGACGGCCGGCCAGACGAGCGAUCCCGUGGUUUGGAGUGUGUUUGGCUUCACUCACAAUCCGAGAGUCGAGGAUUGGCCAGUCAUGCCAGUCGAGAUCCACCAGCUGCAUUUGCGUCCGAGUGAUUUCUUUGCCGCGAACCCAGCUUUGGAUGUGCCGACUAACAAGAAUCACGCCAGCGUGCUGGUGGCAUGCUGUGGAGGAGAUGAGGCAAAUUGA